AUGCCAUUUAUUCCUAAUACAUUAUUAGAAAUUCUAGGUAAGGAUAAAACAAAAUAUAAAAAUAAUUUAUUUCAAAAAUUAGAAGAAAUUGAAGUAAAGAUUCACACGUUAACUGAUAAUGAAAAUAAGAUAAUUCAAAAAUUAGAAGACAAUGAAAAGAUAAUUCAAGAACUAAAAAAAAUUAAAGAA